AGGUGAACUACCCGAACUCGCAAAGAACUUUUCAAACAAUUUAGCUGCGCUUUCCAAGUCAUCACUCGCAAAAACGGACACCGAGCGGUUUGUUUUAGGGGUGGCGUGAAACGGAUAAGUGAAGAACCAGAUGUAUAACGUUGCAUAUCCUAUGUUUCACAGGAAGAUGAACUUUUCUGCAACGCUAUAAAUUGGACAAUGUUGCGCCAGACCGGGGGACACAGCGCCGUUGUUUUGAACUUGACAUUGCUUUAAUGUCACUUCAUAUAAGAAAACGUCAUUCAAGUCAGUUUUAGGCCUCCUUUUAUGACUUUAUACCGCGGAUGCAAAACACGUCGCCAUGACAAAGGCAACUCUCUGGACCGUGGCAAUCACGGCAACGUUUUUCUUCUGUUUAUGUUUUUCAACCCUUAAAGCAGAAACCCCUUCUUGUCACGGAGCCUAUGACCUUUACUUUGUUUUGGACCGAUCUGGGAGUGUUUCGACUGACUGGGAUCAGAUCUAUGACUUCGUCAAAAAUCUAACAGAGAGAUUUGUGAGUCCAAAUAUGCGCGUGUCCUUCAUAGUGUUUUCAUCGAAAGCAGAGAUUGUGUUAAAGCUCACUGGAGACAGGGCAAAAAUAAAUGAAGGUCUGAAGUAUUUAAAUGCUGUCAAACCAGCAGGAGAAACCUACAUGCAUGAAGGAAUUAAAAAGGCAACUGCACAAAUGAAAGAACAGCUCAAAAAGUCCUCUAGUAUAAUUGUGGCUUUGACUGAUGGAAAGCUUGAACCGUAUAUCCAUAAACUCACUAAGGAUGAGGCUGAUGAAGCAAGGACGUUUGGGGCUCGUGUGUACUGUGUCGGCGUAAAGGACUUUGAUGAAGAACAGCUCGCCGAUGUGGCUGAUACCAGGGAGCAAGUGUUCCCAGUCAAAGGAGGCUUUCAAGCUCUCAAAGACAUUGUGAACUCGAUCCUCAAGCAAUCAUGCACAGAGAUCCUAACAGUGGAGCCAUCCAGCGUCUGUGUGAACCAGUCCUUUGAGAUUGUUUUGAGAGGGAAUGGGUUCACACUGGGUAGACAAACAGAAGGAGUGGUCUGCAGUUUCAUAGUGGAUGGAGCUACUAACAUCAGUUGUAUCAUACAAGAAGUGACAAGCAGGCCACACCUAGAAUGCAAUGCACCUAAGAUACAAAUGGAGGUUCUGAUCAGUUUGAACAGUGGCACAUCAUAUAUCUCCAGUGCUUUCACCAUCACUGCCUCCACAUGUUCGGACGGCACAGUGGUGGCCAUUGUGUUCUUGGUGCUCUUUCUCCUGUUGGCUUUGGCUCUGAUGUGGUGGUUCUGGCCUCUCUGCUGCACUAUUGUUAUUAAAGACCCACCCCCUCAAAGACCUACUCCACCUCCACCUAAGCCAGAGCCAGACUCAGUACCCAAGAAAAAGUGGCCAACAGUUGAUGCAUCUUAUUAUGGGGGAAGAGGAGCUGGUGGAAUCAAACGAAUGGAGGUCCGUUGGGGAGAGAAAGGGUCCACAGAGGAGGGUGCAAGGCUAGAGAUGGCCAAGAAUGCAGUGGUGUCAAUACAAGAGGAGACAGAAGAACCCAUGAUCAAAAAGCCACCCACAUCCCCACACACAUACCAUCAAUCUGAAUCCAAGUGGUAUACUCCAAUCAGGGGUCGACUUCAGGCACUGUGGGCUCUUCUGCGGCGACAAUAUGACCGAGUUUCACUCAUGCGCCCAACUACCGCAGAUAAGGGACGCUGUAUAAAUUUCAAUCGGGUGCAGCAUCAACAGACGACAGCAUCCCAUCUCUGAAAUACUUUGACUUCCAAGUAAGUCAGAUGGAACAACAGAAAAAAGCGGAAUUUCCUUGAGAUGACAUAGCUUAUCAUUGGUCACUUUAGAGUAUCUUGUUUCAGCUCUUACAAGUAUUGGCUUUCCAAAACUUAUCAUUUUGAUAUCUCUCAAGCUACUGAAUGGCAAGCGGACGACUAAAUAGAUUAACAAAAAAAAAACUGUCUGAUUUUGCAGCUGAUCUGGUUAGCUUUAAUGCACAGUAAAGGCUUUUUCGUGUUCUGACCAUAUUGGGCCUUCUGCGAGAAAAAAACAA